AUGAUAAAACCUUGGUCGAUGAAAACCUUGCUGUUGUUGCUUUGUUUCCCGUGUAACAUAGUGACACUUCUGGGGACAGAGAACAGUACUGCUCUAAAAACCCCUCUCUGUUCCGACCAACAAGAAAUACAAGAGUGGAGACUCCCUGACAUCUUGUGUGGGUGUUUCCAGGUGGUAGUCAGACAGACAGAUAACGGUUUUGUGCUACUGGCUCUGCUUCAAAAAGUUUUCUGGAAAAGUCUUUCCCUUCUGUUGGCUGUUUCCGCCAGAUUCGACGUAUAUCUCAAACAUAAUAACAAACAGAUUCCCAUGGGGGAAAUCAUCUGCGCUGAAAAUGCUACGGUAUGUGAAAAAUAUUUUGAGGCGAACGGACUAAACAACAGCCAAGUCCAGAUAUUUCAGGUUUAUCUGUCUUGUGACUCGAAGCACAAAUGGAUCCCAUCUCCAUGCGAGGAUUGUUCAUACAUUAAACUGUUUUACACACCGCGGAUAGACAGCCCUAUCUCUUAUAUACACCCUUCUGGGAGAGAAAAUGUCAGCACCGAGAGGUCGACGCCCUCUACGCGUGUUCUAUACUUCAUCAUUCCCGUGGUCAUUGUAAUUUGUGCAGUAGUCACAUUUAUUGUGUUUUUUGUCCAUAAACGAAGAUCAAGAACCUCGGAAGGGAGAACGUCUGAAUCCUAUAGUAGUGAACCACUUGUUUCUGUGAUCGAGACUUCCACGCCACAGUCUAAAAAAGAAAUCCUAAUAAUAGACAUUGCGCCGAACGAGUCGUGUUCUGUGCACUUUCGCAAUAUACUAAAAAGUGUUCCUAAAUUUAGUGUUGUAUGCUUCAUUGAUCAUUUGAAGGAUGUUAAUCAGAACAUGUACGAUUGGGCACACAAGAAGCUGAAAACAUGUGACUUCAUAGUUAUAGUAUUCACCAGUGAACUGACGAGAGUGUUCGAAUCAGAUUCGUGUGAAAUACUUCAGUCAUCUCCAUACUCAGAUAUUGUCAAGUAUUUACUCUCUCAAAUGAACAGCAAUAUGUACACGAAUGAUGCUUCCUCGCCAGAGUACACCGGUGUUCAGUUUGAGGCUAAUGUCGUAGUUCCCUCAAGUUUUAGCAGACAUCUUGCCAAUAUUUCUUUCAAAAACAUUUUCACCUUUCCAAAUCUUCUGCAAAAAGAAAACUCCACUCGUUCGCAGCUGAACAGACUUCUGAUGAAAAUUGGUGCAGAUAAUGAGGAUAUAAAACAUUGCAUAUCCACCUGACACACAGAGUGAAACUUAAGAAAAGAGGACUUUCCGUUGAGUUCUGCAGUAUCUAAACGAAGCUGUUAACUCUGAAACACAGGCCAGUAUUUACCAGCUGGGUGAUAACUGUUGACCUUCUUGAGUUUCCUGCAAAUACUUGUACACUUUGAACACUAAAGGUGUUUCGAAGAAGUAUGGUGCAAUAUGCAUCUGGAGAAUAGACCGACUAUAGAGUGCAUUAAUUGUUUUGAAUAUACGAUUGUGUAAGUGAAAGCAUAUUAUAUGAGUCUACCAUAAAUA